UCAUGCUGCUGCCAGGUCCAGAGUGUCUCAUGGGUCCCUGUACGGCCUCCCAUUGCUGCUGUCUCCAUCGCCACACUCUGCCAUGUGCCACUUUCAGGUCUCCUCACACUGCUGGUGGGUUCCAUUUUGUCAUAGGGUGCUGGCAGAUUACGGGCCUCCCAUUGCUGCUGCCAGGCCCGUAAUCUGCCAUGGGCCCCCGUACCGCCUCCUCAUGCUGCUGCCAGGUCCAGAGUGUGUCAUGGGUCCCUGUACGGCCUCCCAUUGCUGCUGUCUCCAUCGCCACACUCUGCCAUGUGCCACUUUCAGGUCUCCUCACACUGCUGGUGGGUUCCAUUUUUUG